AUGUCCAUCACCCUCCUCCACAGAUGUCCAUCACCCUCCUCCACAGAUGUUCAUCACCCUCCUCCACAGAUGUUCAUCACCCUCCUCCACAGAUGUCCAUCACCCUCCUCCACGGAUAUCCCCCACCUCAACCUCUCCCUCUAUGGAUGUCCCUCACUCUUCUUCUCCAUGGAUGUCCCUCACCCUCCUCCAUGGAUGUCCCUCAGCCUCGCCCAUGGAUGUCACUCACCCUCCUCCAUGGAUGUCCCUCACCCUCCUCCAUGGAUGUCCCUCACCCUCUCCCAUGGAUGUCCCUCACCCUCCUCCAUGGAUGUCCCUCACCCUCCUCCAUGGAUGUCCCUCACCCUCCUCCAUGGAUGUCCCUCACCCUCCUCCAUGGAUGUCCCUCACCCUCCUCCAUGGAUGUCCCUCACCCUCCUCCAUGGAUGUCCAUCACCCUCCUCCACAGAUGUCCAUCACCCUCCUCCACAGAUGUCCAUCACCCUCCUCCACAGAUGUCCAUCACCCUCCUCCACAGAUGUCCAUCACCCUCCUCCACAGAUGUUCAUCACCCUCCUCCACAGAUGUCCAUCACCCUCCUCCACGGAUAUCCCCCACCUCAACCUCUCCCUCUAUGGAUGUCCCUCACUCUUCUUCUCCAUGGAUGUCCCUCACCCUCCUCCAUGGAUGUCCCUCAGCCUCGCCCAUGGAUGUCACUCACCCUCCUCCAUGGAUGUCCCUCACCCUCCUCCAUGGAUGUCCCUCACCCUCCUCCAUGGAUGUCCCUCACCCUCCUCCAUGGAUGUCCCUCACCCUCCUCCAUGGAUGUCCCUCACCCUCUCCCAUGGAUGUCCAUCACCCUCCUCCACGGAUAUCCCCCACCUCGACCUCUCCCUCUAUGGAUGUCCCUCACUCUUCUUCUCCAUGGAUGUCCCUCACCCUCCUCCAUGGAUGUCCCUCAGCCUCGCCCAUGGAUGUCACUCACCCUCCUCCAUGGAUGUCCCUCACCCUCCUCCAUGGAUGUCCCUCACCCUCCUCCAUGGAUGUCCCUCACCCUCCUCCAUGGAUGUCCCUCACCCUCCUCCAUGGAUGUCCCUCACCCUCUCCCAUGGAUGUCCCUCACCCUCUCCCAUGGAUGUCCAUCACCCUCCUCCACAGAUGUCCAUCACCCUCUUCCACAGAUGUUCAUCACCCUCCUCCACAGAUGUUCAUCACCCUCCUCCACAGAUGUCCAUCACCCUCCUCCAUGGAUAUCCCCCACCUCAACCUCUCUCUCUAUGGAUGUCCCUCACUCUUCUUCUCCAUGGACGUCUAUCGCCCUGCUUCAUGGAUGUCUCUUACAUAUAUUGUAGUUUUCUUGUGAACACAAUCCAGUCCUAA